AUGCCGACUAUUCAUUCGAUACACCUGAUGGCGGAAAAUUACACCGUCCUCGACGGGGAAAGUCUGGCUCGAAUUGGCAAAUGUGUGGACAGAGGUCAUCCUGCUUUCCCGCCCAAUCAAACAUUUCCUUUGCUUCGUUUUGCUGCAGUAUAUCUCAGAUUGAGAGGGCACAGAAGUAAAAAGCCAAUGUGCAAGUUCCUCGACGUGCUCGAGACUGAGUUUGAGCUUGCUCUGCGAAUGCAGAACGCGCAUGUGGUAUUUUGUGCUGAGCGCAAAAGCCGAAAGGACAAGUUCGAAUUUCAUGAAUCCUAUGGAUUCAGUGGAUUCAGGUCGGAGAUUGAACAGUAG